GGCAGAGUGCGCCUGCGCGGAGCCGGUAGUCCGGCAGGGCCGCAGCCGCUCGGUGGCCGGCGGUUGCCGUGGGGACCGCGGGCCCCUCCCUCCUGCGUCCCCGCCCCACGCCGUUCCCCAUCGAGACGCCGCGGAAGACCCCGGCCCUCCCCUCCCGCCGCCGCGGCUGGAGCUGCAGCUGUGACCCGCGAGAGGCGGUGCCGCUCCCAAGAUGUCGCAGACGGCCAUGUCCGAGACCUACGAUUUUUUGUUCAAGUUCUUGGUUAUUGGAAAUGCAGGAACCGGCAAGUCGUGCCUACUUCACCAGUUCAUUGAAAAGAAAUUCAAAGAUGACUCAAAUCAUACCAUAGGAGUGGAGUUCGGUUCAAAGAUUAUAAAUGUUGGUGGCAAAUACGUGAAGUUACAGAUAUGGGACACAGCAGGCCAAGAACGAUUCAGGUCUGUGACCCGGAGUUACUACAGAGGCGCCGCAGGGGCUCUCCUGGUCUACGACAUCACCAGCCGCGAAACCUACAAUGCGCUUACUAAUUGGUUAACAGAUGCCAGAAUGCUAGCAAGCCAGAACAUCGUCAUCAUCCUCUGUGGGAACAAGAAGGACCUGGACGCGGAUCGCGAGGUCACUUUCUUAGAAGCCUCCAGAUUCGCUCAAGAAAAUGAACUGAUGUUUUUGGAAACAAGUGCACUAACGGGGGAGAAUGUAGAAGAGGCCUUUGUACAGUGUGCAAGAAAAAUACUUAACAAAAUCGAAUCAGGUGAGCUGGACCCCGAGAGAAUGGGCUCCGGCAUUCAGUACGGAGAUGCCGCCCUGAGGCAGCUGCGGUCGCCGCGCCGCUCCCAGGCCCCGAGCGCGCAGGAGUGCGGCUGCUAGAGCGGCCGGGAGUGCGGAGGUGUUCCUGCAGUGGUAUCUGGGACCCAGUUGUUGGAGCUUGAAGAGGAAGUUUUCUACCACCACCUUUUUCUACUUUAUACAGAAGUAGAUCUGUGUCCGGGGGAGGGGCGGGGGGAGGUUUGGGUGUUACGUAAGCUAGUGAAUGUGGCUCAGCAAACCACGUGGUGGAACCCCUCCAGUGGACCGCACCGUGAGAUGUGCACACGUGUGUGAACGUGUUCUGUUCCGGUUUCCUUCCGCCUCUGGUCCAAGCCCUGGCCGUGCACGGUACAUACUCUAGCCUUGCGUCUCCGCAGCAUGGUGUCUGGCGUGUGACCUAGUGGGAGUCACCCUGCACGCAGUCCAGCGUUUUACUGUUCUUAAUCAUGUGGCCUGAGGUCUGCUGGCCGGGAGGCGUGCGGUCCUCAGGCUGGUCGUGUCGUUCACACUCCGACGUCGCCGGCCAGCGCGGUGCUCGCUCGGUUCCACGUGUCGCAGUCCACGAGGUGUGAUCGUGACCCCACCGAAACACUACGCAGUCGUUACUCACGCAGCAAAAGGAAAUCAGAAGUGCAGUUCCUCUGUGAACUUGACCCUGUCCGGCACUCUGCUGACGUCCAAGCACCCCCAUCAAGAUUGCAUCAGGGUGCGCAGCUGACAGCUGCUGCCUCCGGCGCUGCGACCAGCCCCACGGACUCGGCACCGGCCCCCACACUCACCAGGCAGCUGGCCCGCCCGUCCCUGUGGGCACACGCGCUGGCGGACCGUCACCUGGGCUGCACUCCCGGUCCAGGCUGCUGGCCCCUCUGGUCUUCCCGCAAGAAGACACUCGGUCCGCGCCUGUGCUGCUUGGGGGUCCGGUGUUCGAGCGUCACUGCCUCUUUUGUAAGCCUUUUGUUGUUCCGUGUUCCUUUGAAGGAAACCCACUAAAUCAAGUUAAUAUUAAAGGGACGCCACUAAGAAAUUCCUGUAUAGCUUUCGCCGAAUACGUAAAUGCCUUAGUACAGUUAUUAAGUCAGCACGUUUUUAAUUCAUGUGAGGUUUGUUGAAGUAUAAUAUGUAUUGUAUUGCAAAGACUGUUCUAAUAUCUUAAAAUGUCAAUGCAAAAAAUAUAUAAUACAACUUUUCUUUAAAGUCGAAAUACAGCGUUAUUUAAGGCUGAAAAGUUAGAAAGUCGUCUUCGCCUCGGACGCGUUCUUCCACUUGACUCUCUAGCUCCAGGCUGGCUGGUAAGUUUCAUUUUCCCAUCAGCAGAGCCCAGCGGCACUGCCCACGCCGGAAGUAACGUGGACAAAACACCAGUAUGUAUCUGUUCUAGGUAUUUUAAUUCUGCUUUUAAAAAGCCUUGAGUAUUUUACUUUGAAAAGUCAGAACAGGAAGCAAACUCUCGGACGGAACUGCUCCUCGGGCCUCGCUGGACGCACGUGUCCUUCAGUGUCGCGUUCCUGACGGCUCUGCAAGCUGCUCCUCUCGGAACGGCUGCCUGCACGGGCCAAGAGCAUGUCCACUCCUCCGCAUCGGUUUACUCCCAAGCAGGAAUUUUUUAAGUAACAUGAAUGUUAAGUUGAUUUACAAACGAGCCUGUUAAUUAAACCAUAGGUACUGCACAGAAAUUCCACAUCCUCUGACCAAUAAAAGCUGCUGGAGAACCAA